AUGGUGCACCUGGAUAAAGACAAAGACAUCCCAAGACUAGCGGAAUCUGGCACCCACAUAGCACACUGCCCAACCUCAAACGCCAAAUUAGCUUCGGGCAUUGGCCCCGUGCCAGAGCUACUUGCCGGAGGAGUCAAUGUCAGUCUUGGUACAGACGGGGCUCCCUGCAAUAACAGCUGUGAUAUGCUACAAGAAAUAAAGCUUGCUGCUAUUAUUCAUAGGAGUGCUUCAUAUGACCCGGCUCUGGUCCCCGCAGAAACCGCCCUAGAGAUGGCUACUAUCAACGGAGCGCGAGCUCUAGGUCUUGAAGACCUUGUUGGUAGCCUGGAAACCGGCAAGAAAGCGGAUUUUGUGGCCAUUAACACGGAAAAGUCGCAACUUCAGCCAUGCCUUAACCCUGUCAGUAAUGUGGUCUAUGUUGCGACUGGAAGGGAUGUGGAUGUGGUAGUAGUCGAUGGCCAAUUGUUGGUGGAGACCGGCGAAUUAUUGACCAUGAGUGAACACCAGAUUCUGAAAGAAGCCAAGAAAAGAGUCUCAGAUGUCAUCCAGAGAGCCGGGUUGGCAGAGCAGAUAAAGUCUCCCUGGCCAGUACUGUGA